AUGUCUGAUGGUACAUUUUUACUUCAUAUUUCAGGACAAUUAGAAUGGAUUGAUCUUUUGGCACCAAGUAACACAUCUUGGUAUUGUAAAUAUGAAUUUGUAGCAGGUACGGAUUGGAAAAUUUUGAAUGGCUUAGAAGCAGGACUUUCCCAAACGGUUAAUGUUAAUAAUAAUGGUGAUAAAAUAAUAUUCAACUUACCAAUAGAAAUACAAUUUAAGUCCACAAAUCCUUAUGGUUGGCCACAAAUAAUUCUUAGUGUUUAUAAAAAUAUGCAAUUAGCAGGAUACGGAAGAUGUCAUGUACCGCUUAAAGCGGGUGUUCAUAAGUUGGAUGUACUCUUUGCUAAACCACAAGCGUCUUCGUUGUUGGGGUAUGUUGCAUCGUUUUUUGGUUAUCAACCUGAAUUACUGCAACCCAAAAUGUUGGCUACUACUGCAGGAAUUAAUUUGUUACUCAUGGAGUCAGCAGGACAUGGGCAAAUUUCUAUAAAUAUUGUGACGCAGGGAUUUCAAAACUUGGGUUAUGAUAGUGGAGUAGUCAAAGAUUAAUUCCUCG